CACCUCAAGCUCAACGCUCCUCCGUCGUCGUUCAUCAAUGCGCCGCCCCGACCAGCUGCUACGCUACAUCCACGGUCCUCGUCGACCUCCUUACACCUCACUCGCCAACUCUCUGCUCAUCAUCUCAACUCAACUCAGCUACCACACAAAAGAAAGAGAGAUGUUCCGGAGCCGAUUAUCACCAUUUUUGUUGGUGAAGAGUAACCGUAAGGCUCUCUACAACCACCUCACCCAAGCAACAUCAUCUUCGUCUAGAGUUGCAAGGGAGGAGACAUCUAGAUUUUUCUCCACUGGAAUCGUACGGAGAAUUCUGCAUGACUUCCGAUCUUCCCCUAAGGGUCAGUGUGUGCCAUCUUUGAGAAAUGUUUCCACCGUGCAAUCUCUUAAUGCAAAAAGUAAUGAAGGACUGAAGCUACUUGUAAAUGGAGGACCUCAUGCUCAGAAAAUGGUUGGGAUAUGGCUCUUUGGCUCUGCUGCUUGGGUGUUUAGUAUGGUCGUACUUGGAGGUGUUACACGACUAACAAGAUCUGGUCUUUCAAUGACUGAUUGGAAGUUCAGUGGUGGGCUCCCUCCUCUAUCUGAUGAGGAAUGGUUACAGGAAUUCGAAAAGUACAAGCAGUCCCCUGAAUAUAAGCGGUCAGUGAAAGAAAAGAACAGUACAUGUAUUUGUAGCAUUGCUAAUGGUUUGUGAUGCUUAGCUUUCUAGUUUUUAA